UCUGCUGCUGCUUGGCCUAUAUAUAGCCAGAGCUUCUCAAGCACUAAGAACCGUACAUCUUCCCCUUCCCCUUCUCCUUCUCCUCUCCUCUCGUCCUCGCGCUUCCCCUGCAUUAUCCUCUCUGUCGGAUAGCAGCUCCAGAAUCUCAAACUUCCAGUAUGGGAAGCACCGAUGGAACCGACUAUGGUGCCUACACCUACAAAGAGCUCGAGAGGGAGCUCUACUGGCCCUCGGAGAAGCUCCGCAUCUCCAUCACUGGGGCGGGUGGCUUUAUUGCCUCCCACAUUGCCCGUCGCCUGAAGACUGAGGGACACUACAUUGUCGCCUCGGACUGGAAGAAGAAUGAGCACAUGACCGAGGACAUGUUCUGUCAUGAGUUCCACCUUGUGGACCUCAGGGUCAUGGAAAAUUGCCUGAAGGUCACCAAGGGGGUCGAUCAUGUCUUCAACCUUGCCGCUGACAUGGGUGGGAUGGGAUUCAUCCAGUCCAACCACUCGGUCAUUAUGUACAACAACACGAUGAUCAGUUUCAACAUGCUCGAGGCUUCUAGGAUCAAUGGAGUGAAGAGGUUUUUCUACGCCUCAAGUGCUUGCAUUUAUCCUGAAUUUAAGCAGCUGGAGACCAAUGUGAGCUUGAAGGAGUCCGAUGCGUGGCCUGCUGAGCCUCAAGAUGCUUAUGGCUUGGAGAAGCUAGCAACAGAAGAACUCUGCAAGCAUUACACCAAAGAUUUCGCAAUAGAGUGCCGAAUCGGAAGGUUCCACAAUAUUUAUGGCCCUUUCGGGACGUGGAAGGGUGGAAGAGAGAAGGCUCCAGCUGCUUUCUGCAGAAAGGCUAUCACUUCCACGGAUAAGUUUGAGAUGUGGGGCGAUGGACUCCAAACCCGAUCCUUCACCUUCAUUGAUGAGUGUGUUGAAGGGGUUCUCAGGCUGACAAAGUCGGACUUCCGUGAGCCUGUGAACAUCGGAAGUGAUGAGAUGGUGAGCAUGAAUGAGAUGGCCGAGAUUGUCCUCAGCUUUGAGGAUAAGAAGCUCCCGGUCCACCACAUUCCCGGGCCGGAGGGUGUACGAGGACGAAAUUCCGACAACACCCUCAUCAAGGAGAAGCUGGGGUGGGCCCCAACCAUGAGGCUGAAGGAUGGGCUGAGAGUCACGUACUUCUGGAUCAAGGAGCAGAUCGAGAAGGAGAAGUCCCAAGGGGUCGAUUUGGCGAUCUAUGGGUCAUCAAAGGUGGUUGGCACCCAGGCCCCGGUCCAGCUGGGCUCACUCCGUGCUGCUGAUGGCAAGGAGUGAUGGCGACGGGGACGGCUCCUCAGAUCUUUGUAAUGUGGGCAUUUAGUAUAUGAUGAUCUUGCUAGGAAGACUAGCUAUUGUGGAUUGGAUCGAUAGUAGUAGAUGCUCGGUCGAUAUGGUCUGUCUCGGUAUUAUCUUUGAUGUUGGGGGCAUUUAUGUCUUUCAGUAUGUUUGCUACUUGAAUAUCCCAUGUUGCCUGAUCUUCGUGCCGAUAUAUUUAUCAAUCAGUCAGUUUGGGCUGAUGAAAGUUCAUCCAAAUCAGUCGGUUUGGGCUGAUGGAUCCUCUGGCAGUUGGCUUAAAUCUCACUUGGACAUUGUCUAUGGCCCAUCUUUGGUUAUCUAUGUAAUAUGUAUUACGUCUUUUCCCCUUGA